AUGGCCAACUAUCUCGCCUCCAUCUUCGGUACAGAGCAGGACAAGGUCAACUGCUCCUUCUACUACAAAAUCGGAGCUUGCAGACAUGGCGACCGCUGCUCCCGGAAGCACGUCAAGCCAUCAUACUCUCAGACGAUCCUGAUGCCGAACAUGUACCAGAAUCCCGCGUACGACCCGAAGAGCAAGAUGAACCCCAGUCAGCUACAGAACCACUUCGAUGCUUUCUACGAGGAUGUGUGGUGCGAGAUGUGCAAGUACGGCGAGUUGGAGGAAUUGGUUGUCUGCGACAAUAACAAUGACCACCUCAUCGGAAAUGUCUACGCGCGUUUCAAGUACGAAGAAGAUGCCCAGGCAGCCUGCGACGCUUUGAAUUCACGAUGCGGCGAAGGGUGUGUACGUGGUGGAUUCUGCAAUUUCAUUCAUCGGAAGGACCCCAGCAAUGAGUUGGACCGGGAUCUUCGUCUCAGUACGAAGAAGUGGCUGAAGGAGCGUGGCAGGGAUGCGAGAAGUGUCAGCCGCAGUCCUAGUCCGGAGCCAACCCGGAGGAGGUACUAG